CACUAGCCACCGGGGAGCAGCCACCGUGGAGUAGCCACCAGCCACCAGCCACCAGCCACGAGUCCCAAAAGCCACUCGGAAAACAAGGCCGAGAUCUGUCAGCAAGUGGCUGUGCGGCCGGGGAAGCAACUCGCCGAUGGCCCAUGCAUCGGAGCCUUGGCCUGGCUUGCCCCUGCGUCUUCCUUUUCCUCUUCCAGACGAACCCUUCCCUUCGACUCUCCGCUCCGCUCCCACCGCAGCACCGCAGGCACUUCUGUCUGCCCGGUCCACCUCCUAAGCUUCUUCACAAGAACCACCCGCCAAAGUCGUGCAUGGGCAAGGAAGCUCUGGCCCCCAGGGCCCAGCGUGCAUGUCAUCUCGUAGGGCAGCAGGGUCGUCGUCGAUCACACCUUGCGCCAUCUCGAACUAUCUCUUUAUACAUCGAAUCAAUGCCUCUUUCAUCGUGCAGUGAAUAGGAAACAUGCAUACCCCAACACCCUCGCAUCGGACUGCAGCAAUGGCGGACAGGAGCCGAGACAUUUGGCAGUGUUACCUCGAUUACGCAUCUCUGUGGCGCUGACAGCAGCU